UUCUCUGAGAUAAAGUUCAAUAUGGAGUUACUUUCACGUCCAUUGCGUUCGAUUUCAGUUUGAACUUCGGAAUCACAAACGAAAACUCUUCACUGUUUGGCCUUGAUACGAGAUAACUUGGUGCUAUAUAUGAAGUAUCAAGUACUACCCCGCCACCGUACUGACUUAUAACAGCCCAACUUUCAACGAGAGGUGCAGAGGGCUACUUUGAACCUGGUAACAGCCCCUGGUGGCUUAGCUUGCUAAGACGCUGCCCAGAAGCAGAGCGACACGACUAGACAGUGGUUUUGUGACUGUGAAUUCACAUAUCUGGAAUACUAUCAAACGCUGCAGCAUCCCGAAGCCAGGCAGUAUUAUUUGCUACCAGCAAACGGCAAGCACGCCCACAAACUUCCAAAAACCUUUCCCGAGAAAGAAGAUUCCAUGACAGUUGACCCCGAUAACUGUUGGUACCGCAGCACUCUUGAAUCAUUUCUAUCGCUACAUCGAGGCCAGAAUCACAAUGUCAAACCAAGACUUGAGCUCGGCGGCUUUGCAACAUAAUGAAGCUCCACACCCUUCCUCUGCCCAUGUCCACGAUCACAGCCCAGAAUUGGAUACUGAGAUGACAUGUUCACUGACCUUGAUGGACAACUAUAGCGCUGAGUCCUGUCUGUUGUCUCCCAUUCAAACAGACAAAAUGUCAUCCUCAUUCCAGUCCACACGUGAGCGAAACGAGCGAGUGAGCCAAUUUCAAGUUCGCCGCACCAACAGCCUUGCCUAUGGCCUAGGUCCUGGUUUAUGGAGACACUCAGAAAUGCCCUCGUCAGCCCCUUUGGACCAAUACGACCCAAAUUAUCCAAUGAUGGGUAUCCCACCAGGCCACAGAGGUUAUUCCCAACUCGUUGGUGACAACAGUGUCCCGCUCAGCACAGUCUGUCCUGGUCCUGUCUCCGCAAUGCCGGAACAGGUCCAGACUGCAUAUGGGUAUGGAAUGAGACGACCAGAUGGAUCAUAUACUCGACUUUUACCUGCAGAUGAAUUCCCCGUGACCGGUGUUCCUCGCCGUCAAGGUCCAGAAGGCCUCAUUAUUGUGCCUGCUACCAUGCAGCAAGCUCCGGGCCCAAACGCCCCUGAUCGCAUGGUUCCUAUUGAGGUUGUUCAGAAGCUCCCGCCGCUUACUCUGGUUCGACCUGAGCUCUCCAUGCAACCGCCUCCAUAUGACAGCACCCAGCAGCGUAUUGACUCCAUCGUGCAAUCCUCUUCAAUGUCAACAGCACCACGCCGGCGCGAAAAGAUCUACUGCGACAAGUGGAUUCAUGAGGGUGUUUGUGCUUUCACUCAAAUGGGCUGCAAGUACAAGCACGAGAUGCCGUUUGAUAGAGCAACACAGUUGACACUGGGCCUUAAUCACGGAAUCCCCAAUUGGUACCGCCGUGCACACUCAAAUAACAUGCUCCCCGAGGGCCCCCCUCCGCGUUCCACGACGAGCCCAGAAAGCUCAGGAAAGCGACUUGAGGCCCCAUGGCGUCGUCUGGAGGGAUCAUCGUCUAAUUACAGACAAGGUGACCAGAGCCGCCAAGCUCGUCCAAGUGGUAACAGUUUACCUGCAGCUACUCGUGCUACAGAUAAGUCUGUCUUGGGACCCAUCGCUCCCCCUCGGCCACAGAACCAUGUAAACAACAACCCGUAUUUGAGUCUCAAGGUCGAGGAGGAGGUGGCAGAAGAUCAGACUGAGGACGAGGACGAAAUGGUCUACAAAGGACGCAUGCAUUGAUAUAUUUGGUUGCUGUGACGAUGGAUACCUCUAUAGGCCCCCACUGGUUGGAGCUUCUUAGGUCUCCAUCUUUUGAUACCUUGGCAGGACUACGCCGGUGAUUUACUUGCUUGCAAAUUACCUUAUCUCCUUUUUGAUACAGAGGUGGAUCCUUUGUUUUCUUGUUAACACACGCACCAUCUCAAAGACCAGUACGGUUGGUGUUCGUACACUGCUUUGGAGCUGAAUCUUUCCUUGCACCUUUGAAGACUUUUGGAUUGCGCUGCACUGGUUACUGGAUUCUCUUCCGCCCGCUUCACUGAUCCAUGUUGCCGUCGAGAAGGUCGGAGACGAUGGCCCGCUCCUUCACCCUUACCCUCUGUUUUCCCACUCCAUACGAUAUAUGCAUUGCGCUGAGCAUUCUGCCAUUUGGCCUCCACUGGUCUGCAUUAAGGGAGGAAUCAAUAUUGCAUGUCCACUAAACGAUGUAUAGAAUGAAUUUAUA